AUGAUGUGGAACGACAUGAUCCCAAUAGGUUGGGGCCAUUGGCUCGAUGUACAUGUGAGCGCAGGUAAGGCCGCAUUCAUUGCACCGAUGGGAAUAAUGAGCGAACAAAUUGAAUCGCAAGCCGACAAAAUCGGACAAAUGGAGGAACUCUUAGACAAUACAAAGUCUCAACUGAUGGCCACCGAAGAUAUGUUUCAGCAGUCGUUGUUCAACAAGUCUUCACUAGAAAGCGCCAAAUUAGACCUCCUGUCGGAAGUGUCGAAACUGCGGAUCGAAUUGAGUGAUUGUCAACACUCGAGGAUUACCGCCGAAGACAGGGCUCGAAAACUGGACAAUGAAUUGUCUGUUAUAACGAGCACUUUAUUGGAAAGAGAGACCGAAAUAUCAGCCCUUCGACUCACAUUAGCCAAAAUGGCCAGAACUACGGGAUAUUUGCUUACAGACAACGAGCUGUCACUUCUUCGGGGAAAGUCUUUCGCCGCUGAAUACACGCGAAAUCGCAUCCCGAGCAGCCCACUCAGGGCUCACUAUCUGUUUGGAGGCGAAGGCUAGAACACCUCUCCCACACCCCUGUCAUCGAUGGCCCGGUCGUCGUCCGCCGAGAACGUGAAGCCACAAGUGAUGCCAUUCGCCACAAACUACUCGACUCUACCACACCUUCACGGCGCGCAAGUUCUUCACCAAAUCCAACAACAACUACAACAACACGAGAUGAGCAGUUCGUACGAAAGCGGCCGAACGCCCACAACACCCAACUCCAUGUCCAGCCUUCAGAACCGGUCCAACGAUAAUCUGCGGACACACGACACGUCAGAUAGAUCAUCAUUUGUAAGCCCACAGCAUAGUAAACCAUUUUGGAAAAAAACCGAAUUUUCUGUGUUUUCCCGGAGUUCACGAGCGAAAGAGGACCAAAUCAUAUCAUCUGCGCGUUCAUCCACUUCUGAGAUACCGAACUCUGUUAUAUCACUGCCAAUGGGAAUGCAAUUGUCUAAAAAUGAAUCCAAACCCAAAGGUCUUCGAAGAAUAUUUAGCCGACCAAAGAGGAGUCCGUCGUCGUCUUCUGGCUUAUCUGACAACGCUUUCACUCGCGGUGGCUAUCGAUCGACAACUGGUCCACGACUUGGAUAUUCUCCAAGUGUUAAGAAAACCAUUAAUAUAAAUUUGCCGUUUUCUCGAUGGGACACAAAUCUAGUCGCUGAUUGGUUUGCGAUCAUAGGUCUGGGCAUGUAUUCGGCCGACUGUAAGCGUUGGUGCAAAAAUGGCGAACACCUGAUGCGGGCCACCGAUCAGGAGGUGGAGAAAGAGUUGGGCGUUAGGAAUGCAUUGCAUCGAAAGAAACUCCGUUUAGCCGUCUCUGCCAUGAAUCAGGAAACCGACGACGAACUGACCAAAGCUGCGGAUCAAUUGGACUACCUAUGGGUCGCGCGAUGGCUCGACGACAUCGGUCUUCCGCAAUACAAAGACGCCUUCUUAGACGCCAGAAUCGACGGACGAGUUCUUCACUAUUUGACUGUCGAAGACCUGUUCUCUCUGAAGAUCACGAGUCAAUUGCAUCACUCGAGUAUCAAAUGUGGGAUUCGAGUGCUUAGAGAACACAAAUUUAACAGUCAAUGUCUGAAGAGAAGGGCCGCCGCCGAUGAGACAAACAUCACCGAAUGGAUCCCCGAAGAGAUAGCGUUAUGGACGUCACACCGAGUGAUGGAAUGGUUGCGUUGCAUUGAUUUGUCUGAAUUUGCGCCAAACCUACGCGGGUCUGGAGUUCACGGGGCGGUCAUUGUAUACGAACCCGCGUUUAACGCCGACCUCUUCUCCACUCUGCUGUCCAUUCCGACCAUUAAAACACUAUUACGGCGACACAUAUCCAUUAAAUUCAAGCAAUUAAUUGGCAACGAUUUGUGUCGAGCGAAGCGGGACUUUGAAUGUGUGCCUAAUUAUAUACCAAUGAUUCCCGGGGCCAAAGUGAAGGUCCACAAAAAAGGACAGUUCACUCUUAAAAAGAAACGUAAGUCAGAUGUUUGUUACGAAGACUACGUGUGUCCGGUGGUCGACAACUCCGGCGUCGGGUCUCCGCCGGCGACCAUUCGGUCCGUUCGACGCCAGGACUCUAUUUCGAGCACUAAUUCAACACAAAGUUCUCCAUCCGAUGGCAACAGAAUAGAUAAAGUGACUGAUGUCUGAACACAACACUUAAUAUUUAAUAUUUUAGCUUUAAUUUUAUACACAUUUUAAAAUCUUUUCACUAAUUUUUUUUUGUUAUUUUAUUUUUUCGAUUUUGAUUUUAAUUUAGACGAAAAUUCUAUUUAAUUUAAUCCCAAGUUUUAAUAUACAGCUAUUGUUAUACAAAUCCGUUCGAGUAUUUAAAAAGUAUAGUAAACAUGUUUUCUUUAGUAUUUUUAUCGACAAUUUUAAAAUAAAAUUUUAAUAAUUUUAGAAAUUUGUUAAUAAAUAUCUUUUAAUGAACUAAUAAUUUACGAGAAUCUCAUUUUAAAGAAUUCAAUUAAUAUCUAAGCGUUUAUAUCGUCAAUGAAAAUAAUGAAC